AUGGAUAUCAGUCUAACAAUUUCCCUAAUGCGGGGCCAGAUGGGUACCGUUAUAGAGAGAGCGGUUAGUGCCGCUGUUGAGACUGUGUUGGGGGAGAUGUUGAGAGUGGUCGGCAUUAAAUUUGACGAGCUGAAGAUGGAGAUGGCAGCUAAAGAGAAAGAGACGGAGAACAUAAGACAGAUGCUGGAGAUAUCCCGAUCUCAGAUGAAGACAAUGCGGAAGCACAUGAACGCUCUGGGUGAGAACGCGCACGCUGCCACUUAUCAGACCGACCACAGGACAGGAUUCGGCCAUUCGGAUCCCUGCAGAGUUCACGGUUCCUCCGGGGCCGCGCUGUCCUCGGGUCUACCAGAGCCGCCGAGAAGGACGGUUCCAAACAACAACCAAAUGCCCACUACAAAUGGAAAUUUACAGCCAAGGAAUCGAGUCACCAUCACCCUACCCUCUGAGAAUAUGGUCAGGGCCUCACAACCCUCUGAUAACUUGGUCAGGGCCACCCAACCCUCUGAUACCUUGGUCAGGGCCACCCAACCCUUUGAUAAUAGGGUAACCGUUAGGGCCACAUCAACAUCCUUUGACAGUCACGAUGAUCUGACAACUAUGAUCUCCCAGGCUGUUGAGGACCCAUCAUUGACACCCACUGUCUCUGCAAUGAAUAGUUCAUCAGAGCAUCUGGAACCUUUGAAAGGUAGAAUGUCUUGUCUCAGAUCUUGUCGGGUUUGUAUGUGGGUUUUAUUCGGUGUUUGCUUGUGUAUGUAAAUUGAUGGCCUUCCUGAACUAGUACAGCCCUGUAUAUUCCCCCCUUGUUUGUUGACCACCAUGUUACCUCUCUGUCCCUCCAGAGGAGCACCCAACCCCCCUAGACCCAGAGGUGUCUGAUGAGAGCCAGAGGAGGGAGGAGGAAGAAGAGUGUGAGGCUGAGUGGACCAUCAGUACACAGCCACCAGAGACCAGCACAGACCCUGGGGACCAGCUGGUCCUCUCCCCACCCAGGGCUGACGGAGCAGACUGCUCUGCCAUGACUGCCAGGAGUGUACUGCCACCCUCCCUGUCCCAGUUCCAGGUGAAAGAGGAGGAAGCUGAGGUGGAUAUCAUCUGUAUCAAACAGGAACCAGAGGAGGUGGAGACCCUUCUGAUAAACCUGGCUGCUGAAGGCUUCAACUCUCAUGGCAACCUUUUAGACAGGCAGACUCAGAGAAACCUCCUCCUGGACAGUCACAGGACAAUAGCAGCCUCUGAGAGCCAGAGGGAUAGGAGAGCACCCCGUCCACCGCAGGGCCAGAGGACCUUAGCAGAGCACACACCCUUCACCUCAGCCGACUCUUGUUCAUGUGAGUUCAAUUUCCCUGAGACAUGGUGACUCCAUAAUCUACAGCCAUGUCCCAAGUCAAAAUACUGCUUUGUUGUGGUCACUAUGCUUCUGUUCAAUAAAAUAUUAUUUGUAUUUUAUUUUAUUUAUUUCACCUUUAUUUAACGAGGUAAGCCAGUUGAGAACAAGUUCUCAUUUACAACUGCGACCUGGCCAAGAUAAAGCAAAGCAGUGCGAUAAAAACAACAACACAGAGUUGGGGUAAAACAAAACAUAAAGUCAAAAAUACAACAGAAAAUCUAUAUACAGUGUGUGCAAAUGUAGUAAGUUAUGGAGGUAAGGCAAUAAAUAGGCCAUAGUGCAAAAUAAUUACAAUUUAGUAUUAACACUGGAAUGAUAGAUGUGCAAGAGAUGAUGUGCAAAUAGAGAUACUGGGGUGCAAAUGAGCAAAAUAAAUAACAAUAUGGGGAUGAGGUAGUUGGGUGGGCUAAUUUCAGAUGGGCUGUGUACAGGUGCAGUGAUCGGUAAGGUGCUCUGACAACUGAUGCUUAAAGUUAGUGAGGGAGAUAAGAGUCUCCAGCUUCAGAGAUUUUUGCAGUUAUUAUUAUUAUUAUUACUCCGAUCUAAUUGCAUGUUGUCUGUCCUUCAUCCUCAGAUGGGCUGUCCCAGGCAGUGAUGUCCAUGUCGGGAGGAGUUGCUCCCAGGCCGAUGGUGCGACCGUGGCCCAAGGACCUGAGUCUGUACGAGGAGUUUAAAAUGAGACGAACUGAGCUGAGGCGGAGGAGCCAGAACCGUCAGAGGGAGAUGGAGAAGAACCUUCCCCAGCCUCUAUUAGCUGACCUGGUGAAGGAGAGACGGGAGAAGACCCGGCUCAGAGUGGCCCGCUGGAGAGCCAAGAGGAAGCUGCAGGCCUGCCUACUGACCCAGAUGACCCAGCACCAACAGGCUGGACCGGGUCUGGGCCAGGGGAAUAGUCUGAACAGUGGGCUGGGGAAUCCAAGCCAGAAUAACCACCACACACAGCACAAAACCACAGGCCCCACUCAAACUCAGCAGAGGAACAGUGCUGGCGUCUCUCAAUCUCAGUACAAUAACCGUUUUCUGUACAACAGAACUCACUGUGACUCUGGGCCUGGUAACAUUAACUACACUCCUCUCCAGUUCAACAACUCCUCUCUGAUGCUGGGUCAACAUGGAGGACACGGUAUGGUGGAGCACGUUAUGGAGCAGCCUGCGAUGACAUCAUCCUCACAGCAGGGCCUCUCCCUGAGAGACUCUGAGCUCUACCAGUAACAAGGGAUCAGGGGUAUUCAAAUCUUACCCUACAAAGUUCUGGAUUACUGCUGUUUUUUUGUUCUACCUGAUCAUUAAUUACACCCACCUGGUGUCCCAGGUCUAAAUCACUCCCUGAUUAGAGGGGAAGAAUGGAACAGUGGAACUGGCUUUGAGGUCCACAUUUGAAUUUGAGGGCAGUAGACCAACAUUACAAUACCAGUUCUACUCUACCAGUACCAGUUCUACUCUACCAGUACCAGUUCUACUCUACCAGUACCAGUUCUACUCUACCAGUACCAGUUCUACUCUACCAGUAAUAAUAUACUUCAGCAGAGGAUGUGUUUUGUAGAGUCACUCCUAUUGUAUGGCACCCUAUUCCCUAUGUAGCGCACUACUUUUGACAAAGGUGGUCCUCUGUAGCUCAGCUGGUAGAGCACGGCGCUUGUAACGCCAAGGUAGUGGGUUCGAUCCCCGGGACCACCCAUACACAAAAAAAAUAAAAUAAUGUAUGCACGCAUAACUGUAAGUCGCUUUGGAUAAAAGCGUCUGCUAAAUGGCAUAUUAUUAUAUUAUUAUAAAGGUCUUUAUGGCUCUGGUCAAAAGUAGUGUACUUUAUAGAGAAUAGGGUGCCAUUUUCAGACAUAG